CAAUUAUUUUGCCAAUGAUUUUGCCACUCAGUGGCAAUCCUAUGGCAAUUGAUUUAGGUACCUGUAAAGAACACAUUUGAAAUUUGAAAAUCGUUUAUUUUAACGGUCAAAGUUGCAGGGAAUGAUGCAAUUAAUGUCUGAAGUCGAAAAUCAAUCUGUACCUAAUUAUAUGUACCUGUAUACAUUCAUUGUAGCAUUAGUACCAUGUGCUUUGUUUUAUCUUGUUGUAAGUAGGUACACGCAUAUUAUGUAAUUUGGUUUUCAAGUGAUUCAGACGUUGUUACAGUAUUGUUUUCAUUAGACUAUCAUUAUGGAAACUGCAUAAUCUAAAGACUUGGCUGGUACAUGGUGAGCAUAAAUACACCCAAGUUAUGAUACCAGAUGAUGUGAUUUCCUCAACGAUCACUGUAACAUAACGUCUGAAUCACUUGCAAUCAAUUCGCAAAAUACAUACGUGCAUAGGUAUAGGAAGUUACAGAUACCCACAACAAGAUAAAACAAAAGUCAUGGUACCUAUCCCAUGAUAGAUGUAUACAGAUAUAUGGUACUUACCGAUUCAUCUUCGACUUCCAGACGACAUUUUCACGCAUCAAUUAUAACCAAAUUUCUAUACAACGUGUUCACUACUUCACCAUCAACUGAAAACUGAACCAAAGUAUGAAGUAAGUGUAACCAACGAGGCAGAGUGGAACAUGCGCUCGACUCUGCCUAAUCUCAUCUUAUCUUCCCCACUUCUGCGAAUAGAUUAUUUUUUGAAAUUUAACGGACAAAGUUUUGUCACUAUUGGCAAAAUGUUGUAAACGUUGGCAAAAUUUUGUCAAAACUAGCAUAAACAGAGUGUAAUCUGUAUUGUAGCAAGUUUUCAAAAUUGCCAUCACUGGCAUUUUCGUCUGGUUUUCAUUUCAAUUUGAGCUUUACCACUCUUUUGCCAAGAAUGGCAAAAAAAAGUGCCAAUCAAAUUGCCACUGCGCGAAUCGGGUAGUAGAAAAAUUUCGCGUGAGUGUAUUGGUGUAUGUAUACCUAUCUAUUGGUGUUAUAUCGUAAUUAAUAUUUUUGCAUCGUGUUAUAAUUAAUAAUGUUGUGUUGUCGUUUGUCGGUGUACUAUUUAGUUUUAGCAUUUUAAUACAAUUUUUACUCCUCUAAAUUUGACAUUCUAGUGGCACAUAUUUCCAAUAAUUAAUAUUUUUGCGUUCGUCGUCGUGUAUAUACUUCUUCGUGGUCCCUCCUGGUGUACUACAUAUAUUUAAAGUUAUAAUUAGGUACCUACCUAAUUCUUCGUUUCAACUCUCAAGAUGGCAGGAGUAAAGAAAUCGCGUUUAGAAGUGCUGAUUGGAAUCAUAAUUCUAUGUGAGAUUGUUCUUCAGACAACAGCAAUUUCUCCUUGCUUACAGCCAGGCAAUAAUUGUAAGUUCAUAGGAGUGGAAUGUCAUCCAAAAUUAAAAAUAUGCCAAUGCUCCAACAAUCGCUCAUUGACUACAAUCGGCAUCUGCUCUAAUAGAAUUUCCGCCCAAAGCAGUACCAUCGCUUGUGACUCUCACAAUACUUGCCAUGAUGCAUGUAACGAUAGUCAGUGUGCGUUCGAAAUAGAAAAUUCGUCAAAAGGAUCGGAAAAAGUUAAUGAAAAUCGUGUCGGAUUGACGUUCUUUCAAUUGGUUAUUAUCAUCGCGAUUAUAGCUGUAAUGGUGACCAUUACAGUAAAUGCGGCCUUAUUAGCAUCGUACCGGUUUUAUUUUUCUAAGAACUUGAAUUGUAAGAGGUUUGUGGAGGGCGGUCCGGCUAUGGAAUUGUCCACUCGGAAUGCUGAAGGAGUCGCCUCUCUAUUUGAAGAUAUUCUAAGCAGAGAGGAAAUGACGACGGUUCGUGAAGCAAUUAUUGCUUCAAAUGUGACGAGUGUCAUUUCAUUUUUGAGAGUAUCGCAGAUUACAGACUUGUCAUCUUCCAUCAUCAUAAAUACUAAAAAAAUCUCGUCAGGGCAUUUUAGCAAUGUCCUUAUAGGUGAGCUACAUUCAGAGUCGGGCAACACUUCAAAGAAGGACAGAACUAGUACAGUAGUACUGAAAGAAAUCAAACGUGAAUAUGAUUCGGACUCAGUAAAAUGUGCCAUACGAGAAGUUGAAUGUAUGAGAAUGGUUAACCACACGAAUCUCUUAAGUUUAACUGGCUUUUAUAGUAGAGGUAUUUCCAAGCUACCAUGGAUUAUUCUGGAUUUCGUUAUUCAUGGCAGCUUAUUAGAAGGAUUACUUGACAACAAUGUACUAUGGAGCCCUAAAAGAGACCCGCCCCACGUUAUAACCGAGGAUGAUUUUCCAAACAUUUGUUCCCAAAUUGCGUGUGGAAUGCAGCAUCUCCACGAGAACAGAAUUAUUCAUGGAGAUUUGGCCGCCCGUAACGUUUUGAUCGGAGACAAUAACACUGUGAAAAUAGCAGAUUUUGGGCUCAGCAGAAACUUGCAUUCCAAAGGCUACUAUCCAACCACUCCUAGAACACGUUUUGCAUUUCCUUGGAUGGCUUAUGAAGUUCUGGUAUUCAAUCAGCUGUUGUUACAGUCGGAUGUUUGGUCCUUCGGAGUUCUCCUGUGGGAGAUGUCCACUUUUGGAUCUAUUCCAUUUAACUUCAUCGAUCAAAAUGUGGUCGUGGAAAAUAUGAAAAAAAGGACCGACGAACAAGAACUCUUGGCAAUUGGACAGGACUGCCCUGAAAUGAUGAGAGAUAUGAUGAUGAGAUGUUGGAGGAACAACCCUGAAGAGCGAGUGAGGUUUCCAGAGAUCAAAACUUUUUUCCUUAGUCAUAUGGCCGGAGGAUCAGGAGUGUAGCCUUUUAUUAUUUCAAUUUACGUAUCAAAUCACAGGAAUAGAGGAAUAGGUAAUGUUUUUUUUUUUUUUUUUUUUUAAAUUGCUAUGCAAAGUUGCAUAACUGCUAUUCUUUGAUUUUUUUUAGUAUUUUCUACAUGAAAAGUUCGUAUUAAGGUAAAUGAAAAAUACAAGGGAAUAAGAAAAUACCACGUCGUGUCCUUGGUACCUUUGCUUAAAAAGAAAAAUAUUUUUAAAAAAUUUAAUUUCAUAAAUCGCUCUUCAGAAUACUUAAUAUGGAGGGCUAGGAAUCCAACUUUCCAGAAAAUUCAAUUUAGCAUCCUAAAAAAACCAUACCUAUGUUGGUACCCAUGGUAAAUUUUUCGAAAUUUCACGUCUUGCACCCCCCCCCCCUUUGAGGGUUCAUUUCGAGGUUAAGACGAAUACGAAUGCUAAAAUCGACUUCAGAGAUUAGAAAAAUCCUAUUUCGAUGCCCAUGUCGAGUUUUUCGAAAAAUUUCAUGGUUUGCACCUCCCUCCCUUUUUAAGGGCCCAUUUCGAAGUUGAAGGUAAACUUAUAUUAUGCCAAAAUCGACUCCAGCAACCCAAAAAAGCCUAUUUCGAUUCUCAUGUGGAAUUUUUCUUUGAAAUUUUAUGUUUUGCACACCCUUCUUCCCUUACUUGAGGGCUUAUUUCGAGGUCAAAGGGGAAAAUACAUGGCAAAAUCGACCUGCUAUUUUAAAAAAAAAAAAACCUAUUUGGAUACCUGAGUCGAAUUUUUUUGUAAUUUCAUGUUUUGCACACCCUUCCCCCUCCCUUACGUGAGAGCUCACUUCGCGGUCAAUGGGAAAUAUAUGGCAAAAUCGACUUCUGCGAUUAAAAAACCGAUUUUGAUACCAUGUCGAUUUUUUUAAAAUCCACCCCCCCCCCUCUUGAGGAGCUCAUUUCAAUAUUGAGGCGAAUAGAAAUACUAAAAUCGACUUCAGCUACUCAAAAAUCCAUAUUACACUACCCAUGUCGAAUUUUUCGAAAAAUUUCAUGUGUUGCCCCCCUCUUCUGAGGGUCGUUUUGAGGUUCCCCUUUGAGAGCUCUUUUCAAAGUUAUAAGACGAAUAUGAAUUCUGGAAUCGACUUCAGUGACUCGAAAAAUCUCUGUAUUACAAUACCCAAGUCAAAUUUUUCAAAACUUCAUGUUUUGAAUCCCCUCCUCCUUCUUCUUAGAGCUCAGUACGAAGUUAAAUGUUUGGUAGCCACGUUUUCAUUUCAGACCUGUGUGCGCCACCGCCUCUGUUAUAAUUGAUUGAUCUCUGUUAGUCUGUUAGUCUUAAAAUUUUGUUAAUGUGAUCAAUAGUAAUAUUGAUGUUUUUAUUGUGAAACGUAUGUAGUUUAUUGCUCUUUUGACUGUCUAAUUGUAAUGUCAUGUAUGUAAAUAAUUUGUCAAAGUUAAUCAAAGUUUUGGUUACUUAGUUUAUUUUUUGUAAAAUAUUUUCGAAUUUUCAAUUUGUUAAGAAUGAAAAUUAAUAGGUACCUAUUAUUGAAUUGUGUGGAGUUUCGUAUUAUGUUGUAACAUUCCAUAAUCUAAGUUUUGUAUAGCAAAAAAAUAUUAUUUAUAACUUUCGUUGAAGAGACGACGUAAGUUUUGGUUGGUUUAUUUUUUGUAAAAUAUUUUCGAAUUUUUAAUUCGUUAAGAAUGAAAAUUAAUAGGUACCUAUUGAAUUGUGUGGAGUUUUUUAUUAUGCUGUAACAUUCCAUAAUCUAGUUUUGUAGCAAACAAAUAUGUUUUAUAACUUUCGUUGAAGAGACGAUUUAAGUUUUUUUUAGUUUAUUUUUUGUAAAAUAUUUUCGAAUUUUUAAUUCGUUGAAAAUAAAAAUUAAUGUUAUUGAA